AGUAUGCACACACUGAGUGACUGGACAUAACUCUGGCUCUGCAGCAGCGACCCUGGUGCAGAGGCAUCUUGGCAAAGCUACAGGUGGCUCUUCUGUUUGCAUAUGUUGCAAUAAAAUAACGUUGCAUUUAUUUUUUCAAGGCUUUUCAUCUCAAUCUAGCACAGGAUAUCAUUACUGCUGUAUCUUAGACUUGCCAGUGCUUCAUGAUCAGCAGAGAAUAUCAUGACAGAUUUCUGCAGAUUCCCUGUCAGCCCAAGGUAACUUCAUGUACUGCCAAUACCUGCAUAUAUUGUACUGUCUCUUCAUGAAGCUCCUUUCAAUGCCUUUUCAGGGCAGACAUGAUUACCGGCAUCUCUCUUUUUGGUGUCUUCUUUUGGUCCGGCAAAGAUGCUUCAUGGUGCACAAAAAUGUACUAAAACUAUCACUACUUUAUCAGGCCGCUUGUGUACAUAUAUGUAUCGGCGGCCCUGAGUCUUCUUCACUGAAUCACCAUUUCCUCCUGGAGCUGCUUUGCCAAGUUCACAUGGCUGGACUAGCUUCCCAGGUGAAGAGAUACUGUGACUGUUACAAGAGAUAUGCGGGCCAUUUGGAUGGAAAGAUGAGGUGUUUCCGCGGGCGCAUGACUGCUAAUUUUAGACAUGGCAUGGUUAUACCGUACAAGUUCAUCGACCAUUUCGGAGGAAAUAUCUCAAGGACCAUCGAACUGGAAUCCCGUAACGGCAGCAUGUACACCAUUAAAGUCUCCAAGCUUAUGAAUGAAACGGUCCUCCGGUGGCAUGGAUGGGAGGCAUUUGUCGAUGCGCAUGGCGUCGAGGAGAACGACUCGUUGCUGUUUCGCCACAUUGAGAAGUCGCGUUUCGAGGUCCUGGUGCUCGACUCCGAUGACUGUGAGAAAGUGCUUCCCUCUGCUGGCAUCAAAGUUGCUUCUUGUAAUGUUCAAGAAAGCGGCAGCAUGGAUUAUAUUGAUAUAUCAAGCAGCUCGGGUGAUGAUACCACAAGGUCGCCAGGGAGCCAACGAUUUGCUGCGUGUGAAAGAGGCGACUCGAGCCAUCCAAGAAAAACUGCUCUAAAAAACGACUCCUCGUCUGAGGAGGAUUCAGGAGAAGACACUGAUGCUGCUGAGGAACAUUCUGAACAUGAAUUAUCUUUUGAGCUAGAUGAUAUACGUCAGACACCUUGUGCAGGGCGCGCCUAUGUCUUGUCUCGGUGUGGUCAUCUGUCUGGAGCUCAGGAGGAGAGAGUAACUAGGUUUCUCCAGGAUGUUCGAGCUGAGACUCCGGUGUUCGUGGCCAUCAUGAAAAUGAGCACACAGAAUCGCACUAUUGUGAUCCCCAAGCUGUUUGCAGAGGAGCGCUUCCCGCGUGAAAGCCAGAACCUGACGCUGCAGCGCCCGGGCAAGAGCAAGAAAUGGCACCCGUGGUUUUCCAUCAGGAAGGAUCGAUGUGGGCACGUCCUCACCGGGUCUCGCUGGGUAGGCUUCCUCCGUGACAAUGGUGUGCAGGAGGGAGAUCUCUGCGUCUUCCAACCAGUGCAGGGCACUGGCACCAGGAGCAAAUUCACAGUCCAUCUGCUUCACGAGUCCUUGGGUGCAAGUGGAAGUACUGGUCCGAAGAAAAGAGUAGGAUGCACUACUACUCAUGGUAACACAAGGGUGAACUCGGGUGCCCCUGAAAGAGCGACCACUGCUCAUGGUCAUGGUGCAACAACAAUCGCAAAGGCGGCGCCACCCACCCCAACAACCCUCCGUGUCAACAAGCAGCACGAUGAUGGGUGCAACCAUGGUCGUGAGCGAGCACGCCAACAACCAAAGCCGCUGCGCCCCUACAUAUUGUCAUCCACCGCACGCCUGACUGAGGAGCAGGAGAGGGAGGUGGACCGGACAGCCCGCGCCAUCGGGUCUCGGGUUCCUGCCUACGUCUCGGUGAUGAACAGGAGCAGCGUCGGCGUGGGCAACGGGAUCUACAACGUAACCAUUUCCGGGGCGUAUGCUGCCGAUUACCUUCCGGACGGGGAGCGGGUUGCCGUGACGCUCGUGAGGAGGAAGAAAGAGUGGGAGGUCGAGAUGUGCACGCGCGGCGGCGGGCGGACGCUGGCGUGGGGCUGGCGUGGUUUUGCCCGUGACAACCGGCUGCGGGUGCAGGACGUGUGCCUGUUCCAGCCCAUGGAGAAGAACCGCAGGAGCCUUGCCAUGGCGGUCCACAUCAUCCGUCACUGUCGCAAGCGAAAGCAGUAGUUUCUCUUCUGUUUCAGCACACGAGGUCAAUUUGCCGCUGGUAGCUCUUCUGCUUGUAUUGUGUGUGCUUUUGGUGGUCUUGUGCUAGUCUGAAAACUUUGUUGGGUUAGCGGCAAGCGGAAGCAGUAGUCUCUCUUCUGUUUUAGCGCACGAGGUCGAUUUGCCGCUGGUAGUAGCUCUUCUGCUUGCAUUGUGCGAGCUUUUGGUGAGCUUGUGGUACUAGUCUGAAAACUUUGUUGGGGUAGUAGUAUGCAUGUCUGGCACUAUGGCUAGUGGCUGCUCUCCAGAACCUGUGUUUAUGAAUUAUGAUGGCUAACCAGCUGUCUGCUGUGCAAUUUAUCAAGAGACCGUCUAGCAACUCAGAGAGCUUAGCUAAUGCUAGGCUGGGCUUGCGGACCAUUGCGAGUAGUAACCGAGGUCGGUGCAAAGGUACAUGGACCUGCUGGGCAUAACACCAGCGCACAAGCUAUAGAAGUCAGAUGGAUGCUCUAGUUAGUACUUCAUCUCCGGCCUUAGCAGAUUAUCAUUGAACUCGUGUAACAUGACAGGUUUAGUGGACGUGAUCUUGUAAAUAUCAGUAUGU